AAAGAAAGAAAGAAAGAAAGAAGUUGCAAUCUUUAGGGUCAAAGUUGACGUUUUAUUUUGAAGGGUUUUACCGGAAGUGUAACCUUGUUGUAACGUUGGAGUUUUGACGAUCAAACUGAGACGUGUAGUUAAGACGGGCACAGUACAACUACUAGCAUCAACAAAGCAUUAAUGAAAGACGGUAUGGGUCACCGCUAUGACCUAUGGACUUAUUCUCCUCUAACCGCGCAACUUCUUAGUUUUUUUAGCUCUUAAAUGUCGGUAUGACAUGUUUUUACUUGAGUGAAAGCAGUCAAAACUCGUUCAUUGAUCGCCUGAAGCGGGGAGACGUCAGAUUAGCUAGAAACCCUGAACGGAUCUGGGAGAAAGAGUUCCACCAAAAAGCCUGACAAACAUGUCACCAAUACCCGUCCUUCCGUUGGUGAUCAACUUAUUUAUGUCUAUGCUGGGCUGCAUGGCCACAAUGAAGCUCAUCCCAGCGUUCAAAGACCAUUUCAUUGCUGCCAGGCUGUACGGAAUGGACCUGAACAAGACAACCAAAAAGGAAGUCCCAGAGUCCCAAGGAGUCAUCAGUGGAACGGUCUUCCUCAUCAUCCUCUUCUGCUUCAUCCCAGUGCCUUUCCUUAGCUGCUUUGUAGGAGAUCAGUGCACGGGCUUCCCGCAUGAUGAGUUUGUACAGCUGAUCGGUGCACUUCUGGCCAUCUGUUGCAUGAUCUUUCUGGGCUUUGCUGAUGACGUGCUGAACCUGCGCUGGAGGCACAAGCUCCUGCUUCCUACCAUGGCUUCCCUGCCGCUGCUCAUGGUCUAUUUCACCAACUUUGGCAACACAGUCAUAGUGGUGCCCAAACCCUUCAGGGUGCUUUUCGGGCUGCACUUGGACUUGGGAAUUCUCUAUUACGUCUACAUGGGGAUGCUUGCAGUUUUCUGCACAAAUGCCAUCAACAUCUUAGCGGGCAUCAACGGCAUCGAGUCAGGUCAAGCCCUGUUCAUCUCCGGCUCCAUCAUCAUCUUCAACCUGCUGGAGCUUAGUGGUGAUUACCGCGAUGACCACGUUUUCUCCCUCUACUUCAUGAUACCGUUCUUCUUCACAACUUUAGCACUUUUUUAUCACAACUGGUACCCCUCAUCUGUGUUUGUGGGGGACACAUUCUGCUACUUCGCUGGGAUGACCUUCGCCGUGGUUGGCAUCCUGGGACACUUCAGCAAAACCAUGCUGUUGUUCUUCAUUCCUCAAGUGGUUAACUUUAUCUACUCCUGUCCUCAGCUUUUUCACAUAAUCCCUUGUCCCAGGCACCGACUCCCCAGACUGAAUCCAGACACAGGCAAGCUGGGGAUGAGCUACUCCAAAUUCAAACUAAAGGACCUUUCAAAAUUAGGACAGCUCAUCUUGAGGGUGGCAGAGUUAUUGAAGUUGCUGGAUGUGCGGAGGGGUCCAGAGGGAGAUGAUGAUUUUAUUGAGUGCAACAACAUGACCUUAAUAAAUCUGGUCCUAAAGUUAUUCGGACCCAUCCACGAGAGAAAUCUCACAAUCAUCAUGCUCAUCAUACAGGUGAUGGGCAGCGUGGUGGCUUUUGGGAUCCGUUACCAUCUCGUGCGUCUCUUCUAUGACGUCUAGACAGCUCUCCUGGAAGGAGGCGAGAACGCCGACUGAGAUGAUGUGACGUUGUUGUGGAACUAUUUUAAAGGCUCUUGGAUCAUGAGCUUUUUUAAUAGAUUAAUUUACCUCGCUGUCAUUUCUGCCUUUAGACUAUACCUGCAGUAAAGAGCCAGUGUGAGGAUAUGAGCUAUAUCUCACUGGUAGAACAUUUACAUAUGUAAGCAAAAACAGCUGAAGGUUUGACGUCAACAGCAGUACUGUUUUGGGCUUCAGUAAAUAGAGGCAAGAAAAACGUAAUCGGUCUUAAUUGUCUUAUGUGCCCACCUUGAAAGUAUAUUUUUGUACUUGAGUUCUUUUUAAAGACAGCACGUUAUGUGGGCUCUACUCUUAAUGUUCAAGGCAGCCAAUAUCACCUGAAUUCAGAUUUUCAAGAUGCAAAAUACUGCAUGAAACUGCUCUUGAAGAAGAAUCUGGCUUCAGGAAGACCAACCCACUCUCACCUUACAUUACUUGACUACUAAUCCAUGUUUUUUGGGUGGGAAAACUAAGAUAUACCGUUUUUUUUUUUUUUUUUUUGGUUAAUGGUUUCUUUCA